GGUGGGCGCCGUUGCCAUGGAGAACUACAAGAAGGUGGGAGUGGCGGAGGUGCCAAUGGCGGUGCCCAUACCCGGGCUGCCCCCGGACACCAUAGAGAUGAAGGUGAGGGACGGGAGCAAGAUGCGCAACCUGCUGGGCUUCGCUAUUGGGCAGAUGGAGCGCCAGGCUACGCGCCAGAUUGUGUUUAGCGGCUCGGGCAAAGCGCUGGGCAAAACCAUCAGCUGCGCGGAGAUCAUGAAGCGCCGCCUGGGGGGCCUGCACCAACUCACCCGCGUCUGCUUCCGCCAAACCCAGGAGACCUGGGAACCCAUUGUGCCCGACGUGGGGCUCGACCCCCUCACUGUCAGGAGAAACUGCCCCAGCGUCUGUAUCCUACUCAGCAAGGACCCACUGGACCCAGCAGAACCCGGGUACCAGGCGCCGGGCAGCUACGACACCCACUGGGUUCAGCAACUGAGGGAAGAGACCCCCCGACAGAAGAGACGGGGCACGGGCAGGGCGGGGGGCGAUGGCACAAAGCAGCCCAGGGGGCCGGGGGGGCCAGGGGGCGGGCACAAAAGAACAUAACUGUGUGGUUGGGCCCCCACUCGGGAUUGUGGUACCAGAACUUGGGGGG